GCGUCAACAAAAGCGACCUGUAAAUGGCUGCGGAUAAACAGUUGACAUUAGUCCAUUGAAGUGCUACAAUCGUGCUGUGUUUUCCUGACCGGCUAGAAUGCAGUUGAAAUUAUUUCUAUUAGUUGAAGUGCUUCUGGUUGCAACUACCAAAGCACAGCUAGUGUGCUACACCUGCAACGACUGCAAUGUGGAAACGGUAGCGACUGUUCAAGCAUGUGGUUCGACUACCGUAGCUCCGCCUGGAACAACACAACCUCUACCAGAUACGACAACCGUAGUCCCUCCGGUAACAACUCUUCCGCCCGCAACAACCGUAGUCCCUCCGGAUGAUACGACCACGCCUCCACCAGCAACAACUAUACCGGACACCACAACAUCUCCGGGUCUAGCUACACCGGAAACCACCUUAUUUCCACCAAUAACGACUACGCUUACUCCAACAACUCUGCUGCCACCAACAUCUCCGACAGCACCGCCGGACACUACGCUGUUUCCACCGACCACCGCGACCGCGCCCGAUGGUCCACCCACAUUACCGACAACAAUUAGUACCACGAUCAGUUCUUCCCCUGGAACUGACGGUCCAGCAACUCCGACGCUGCCAACCACCAUCAGCACUACACUGGCUCCUGCUCUUGAUCUGGCAACGCCUCCCAUUUGGCAGUGGUUUUCCUCCGACGUUGAGGAACCCUCCUCUCGGAUGUUGAUUUCGAUGCCGGCUCCCACCGCACCACUCCACGUUUGUUUCACGUUGAGAUCGAACGUUGGAGACCGGGAAGUGGUUCGUCGUGGAUGUACUCAGUUGCGGAAUACCAUCCCCGAUACCUGCAACUACGAAUCGGGCGGUCAGCACACUCACUGUUCUGUUUGUAUGACGCACCUUUGCAACUAUGGGUCGUAGUGAAUGGGCGAGCCGCCGUACUUGGGAGUCUCAGUGAUAGCAAUGUUAAGGAACGUCCAGAUUGUGACAGGUGUUGAAGCUUAAGUUUUUUUUAUACUGUAUCAAAUAAAGUUGCAUUCAGGCGUGUGUGCCGAAGUGUAUUUUACCAUUAGCAGAGUGUACAGUGAAUGGCUUGGCGUGAUUGAAAAGAGUAAUGAUAAUUGUGACAUAUCCAAAACAGUGAACGCCUGUGUCGGCCAA